AUGUCGUACAACGACCAGAACAACUACUACGGUCAGGACGGCCAGCAGCAACAGCAGCCGCAGCAGCAGCAACCAGCCGAGUACGUCGCUGACGCUUACCACCAGGGCUACGGCCAGCAACCGCAAUACGAUGAGUACGGCCAGCCGAUGUAUCCCCAUGACCAGUACGAUCCAGAAGCCGCAGCGCACUAUGACCCCAACGGCGCCGAGUACUACGCCCAACAGGGCUACGACCCGGAAUCCAUGGACCACGCCCAAGGUAACGCCUACUACGAGCAGCCCCGUGGCAUGGGCCAAGACCCGGAGAACUUUUCUGACUUCAGCUACGGUCCUCCUGCCACACCAGGCUACGACGGCUACGGCACCCCAAGUGCAGACCAGUACACGCCUUCGCAGAUGAGCUACGGCGAACCAAGAUCGUCCGGCGCAUCGACCCCAAUCUACGGUGGCGAGGGCUUCGACUCCUCUGCCAUAGCCAUGGCUUUGCCCAACGAGCCUUAUCCAGCCUGGACCGCAGACAACCAAUCUCCAGUCACUAUUGAGCAGAUUGAAGAUGCUUUCAUCGAUUUGGCCAACAGAUUCGGGUUUCAAAGAGACUCCAUGAGAAACAUGUUCGACCAUUUCAUGACUCUUUUGGACUCCAGGGCGUCCAGAAUGUCCCCACAACAAGCUCUACUGUCGUUGCACGCAGACUACAUCGGUGGCGAUACUGCCAACUACAAAAAGUGGUAUUUCGCCGCCCAGCUGGAUAUGGACGACGAAGUUGGAUUCCGUAACAUGAGCUUGGGUAAGCUUUCUAGAAAGGCCAGAAAGGCCAAAAAGAAGAACAAGAAGGCCAUGCAGGAGGCCCAAGAAGAGGGAACCGCCGACACCGAGGCCAUGCUAAAUCAACUCGAAGGUGACAACUCUCUAGAAGCCGCCGACUUUAGAUGGAAAGCCAAAAUGAACAAACUCUCUCCACUAGAGAUGGUUCGCCACGUCGCCUUAUACCUCAUGAUCUGGGGUGAAGCAAACCAAGUUAGAUUCACAUCCGAAUGUUUGUGUUUCCUCUACAAGUGUGCUUCCGACUACCUUGACUCUCCUUUGUGUCAACAACGCGCAGAGCCAAUGCCGGAAGGUGACUACUUGAACAGAGUCAUCACUCCACUCUACCUUUACAUCAGAUCUCAAGUCUACGAGGUCGUCGACGGUCGUUUCAUGAAGCGUGAAAAGGAUCACAACAAAGUUAUUGGUUACGACGAUGUCAAUCAACUCUUCUGGUACCCUGAAGGUAUUGCCAAAAUUGUUUUCGAAGAUGGCACUAGACUCAUUGACUUGCCUGCCGAGGAAAGGUAUCUAAGAUUGGGCGAAGUCUGCUGGGAUGACGUUUUUUUCAAAACAUACAAAGAAACGCGUUCUUGGUUCCACAUGGUCACCAACUUCAAUCGUAUUUGGGUCAUUCACGGUUCAAUUUACUGGAUGUACGCCGCGUACAAUGCCCCAACUCUUUACACCAAGGACUAUCAACAGCUCCUAGAUAACAAGCCUUUGGCUGCUUACCAAUGGAGUGCACCUGCAUUGGCUGGUACUCUGGCCUGUAUUAUUCAACUGGUUGCUACUAUCGCAGAAUGGUUUUUUGUACCAAGAAAGUGGGCCGGUGCUCAGCAUCUGUCUCGUCGGUUUUGGUUCUUGGUUUUGAUAACUGCCGUCAACUUGGGUCCUAUCAUUUUCGUUUUCGCCUAUGACAGUCUAGAUGUGAAAUCUAAAGCAUCUCAUGUCGUGGCUGCGGUGAUGUUCUUCGUCGCGUUGGCAACCGUGCUUUUCUUCUCCGUUAUGCCACUAGGAGGUCUGUUCACCUCUUACAUGAAAAAUUCGACAAGGCGUUACGUCGCUUCGCAAACUUUCACAGCAUCUUUUGCCCCCUUGAGUGGCCUUGAUAUGUGGAUGUCGUACUUGCUUUGGGUCACCGUUUUCGCUGCUAAAUUUUCGGAAUCCUACUUCUUCUUGAUUAAGUCAUUGAGAGAUCCUAUUAGAGUUUUGACUACAACUUCGAUGAGAUGCACAGGUGAUUACUGGUUCAAGGCAAAGUUGUGUACUGUCCAACCAAAGAUUGUUUUGGGUUUGAUGAUUGCUACUGAUUUCAUUUUGUUUUUCCUAGAUACCUUUAUGUGGUACGUUCUUUGCAACAUGGUGUACUCUAUUGGUAGAUCGUUCUACUUAGGUAUUUCCAUUUUGACUCCUUGGAGAAACAUUUUCACCAGAUUGCCUAAGAGAAUUUACUCCAAGAUUUUGGCUACCACGGACAUGGAGAUCAAAUACAAGCCCAAGGUCCUAAUUUCUCAAAUUUGGAAUGCCAUUGUCAUCUCCAUGUACAGAGAGCAUUUGCUUGCUAUUGAUCAUGUUCAAAAGCUACUUUACCACCAAGUUCCUUCGGAAAUUGAAGGUAAAAGAACUCUAAGAGCCCCAACUUUCUUCGUAUCUCAAGAUGACAACAACUUCGAGACGGAGUUUUUCCCUAGGGACUCCGAAGCUGAACGUCGUAUUUCUUUCUUUGCACAAUCGCUUGCCACUCCCAUCCCUGAACCAUUGCCCGUGGACAACAUGCCAACUUUCACCGUUCUAACACCUCACUACUCCGAAAGAAUUUUGCUUUCACUGAGAGAAAUUAUUCGUGAAGAUGAUCAAUUUUCCAGAGUUACUUUGUUAGAGUACUUGAAGCAACUGCACCCUGUUGAAUGGGAUUGUUUUGUCAAGGACACCAAGAUUCUUGCAGAAGAAACAGCCGCAUACGAAGGCACCGCGGAGGACCUUGAAAAAGAAGGUGAAGGUGGUAUGAAAUCCCAGAUCGAUGAUUUGCCAUUCUACUGCAUCGGUUUCAAAUCUGCUGCUCCUGAAUACACUUUGCGUACUAGAAUUUGGGCCUCUUUGAGAUCUCAAACACUUUACCGUACUGUAUCUGGUUUCAUGAAUUACGCUAGAGCUAUUAAAUUGCUUUACAGAGUCGAGAACCCUGAAAUUGUUCAAAUGUUCGGUGGCAAUGCUGAGGGUUUAGAGAGAGAAUUGGAAAAGAUGGCCAGAAGAAAGUUCAAGUUCUUGGUUUCUAUGCAAAGACUUGCUAAGUUCAAGCCCUACGAACUUGAAAAUGCUGAAUUUUUGUUGAGAGCCUAUCCCGAUCUUCAGAUUGCCUACUUAGAUGAAGAACCUCCUUUGAAUGAGGGUGAAGAACCCAGAAUUUAUUCCGCUUUGAUUGAUGGACACUGUGAAUUGUUAGCAAAUGGUCGUAGACGUCCUAAAUUCAGAAUUCAGUUAUCCGGUAAUCCAAUCCUUGGUGAUGGUAAAUCUGAUAACCAAAACCAUGCUAUGAUUUUCUACAGAGGUGAGUACUUGCAGUUGAUUGAUGCUAACCAAGACAACUACUUGGAAGAAUGUCUGAAGAUUAGAUCUGUGCUGGCUGAAUUUGAAGAAUUGAAUGUGGAACAAAUUAACCCUUACGCUCCUGGUUUGAAAUACGAAGACCAAUCUACAAACCAUCCUGUCGCCAUUGUGGGUGCCAGAGAAUACAUUUUCUCUGAAAACUCGGGUGUAUUGGGUGAUGUUGCAGCUGGUAAGGAACAAACUUUUGGUACAUUGUUUGCACGUACGCUUGCUCAAAUUGGUGGUAAACUGCAUUACGGUCACCCCGAUUUUGUCAACGCUACCUACAUGAACACCAGAGGUGGUGUCUCCAAGGCUCAGAAAGGUUUACACUUGAACGAAGAUAUUUAUGCUGGUAUGAACGCCCUUCUACGUGGUGGUCGUAUCAAGCACUGUGAAUACUACCAGUGUGGUAAAGGUAGAGAUUUGGGUUUUGGUACCAUUUUGAAUUUCACAACCAAGAUUGGUGCUGGUAUGGGUGAACAAAUGCUGUCUCGUGAGUAUUAUUACUUGGGAACCCAGUUGCCUCUUGACCGUUUCCUCUCCUUCUACUACGCUCACCCUGGUUUCCACUUGAACAAUUUGUUCAUUCAGCUAUCUGUUCAACUCUUCAUGUUAACCAUGAUGAACUUGAAUGCCUUGGCACACGAGUCCAUUCUCUGUGAUUACGACAGGUACAAACCUAUUACUGAUGUCCUGUACCCUAUCGGUUGUUACAAUUUCGCUCCUGUGAUUGAUUGGAUCAGACGUUACACUUUGUCUAUUUUCAUUGUUUUCUUCAUCUCUUUCAUUCCUAUUGUGGUCCAGGAGUUGAUUGAACGUGGUAUUUGGAAAGCUACCCAAAGAUUUUUCAGACACGUCAUUUCGCUCUCUCCAAUGUUCGAAGUUUUCGCUGGUCAAAUUUACUCUUCGUCCUUGUUAAGCGACUUGACUGUUGGUGGCGCUAGAUACAUCUCUACUGGUCGUGGUUUCGCAACAUCCCGUAUUCCAUUCUCGAUUCUUUACUCUAGAUUCGCAGGAUCUGCUAUUUACAUGGGUGCCAGAUGUAUGUUGGCAUUGCUAGCCGGGUCUGUGACACACUGGCAAGCACCUCUUCUAUGGUUCUGGGCAUCUUUGACUGCUCUCAUGUUCUCGCCAUUCAUCUUCAAUCCUCAUCAAUUCUCGUGGCAAGAUUUCUUCUUGGACUACCGUGAUUUUAUCAGAUGGUUGUCGAGAGGUAACAACAAGUACCACAGAAACUCUUGGAUUGGUUACGUCAGAAUGUCAAGAUCGAGAGUUACUGGUUUCAAGCGCAAGCUCACUGGUGAUGAGUCUGAAAAGUCUGCUGGUGACUCUGCCAAAGCUCAUAAGACAAACAUGAUUCUAGCUGACAUCAUUCCAUGUGCCAUCUACUCUGCCGGAUGUUUCGUUGCUUUCACUUUCAUCAAUGCUCAGACUGGUGUUAAAGACGCCCAACUGGUCAACUCCACUUUGCGUAUCGUCAUCUGCACGCUAGCUCCAAUUGCCGUAAACAUGGGUGUUUUGUUCUUCUGCGUGUGUCUCUCUUGCUGCUCAGGUCCUUUGUUUGGCAUGUGCUGCAAGAAGACCGGUUCGUCGAUGGCAGGAUUUGCCCAUGCCGUGGCUGUUAUCGUGCACAUUGUUUUCUUCAUUGUAAUGUGGGUCUUGGAAAGCUUCAACUUCGGCCGCAUGUUGAUUGGUGUUUUGACCUGCCUGUACAUUCAAAGAUUGAUCUUUAAGAUUAUCACCGUAUUCAUGUUGACUCGUGAAUUCAAGAACGACCAUGCCAACACCGCUUUCUGGACUGGUAAGUGGUACGGCAGUGGUUUCGGAUACAUGGCAUGGACUCAACCAGCCAGAGAAUUCUUGGCGAAGGUUGUUGAACUUUCUCACUUCGCCGGUGACUUUGUCUUGGGUCAUUUCCUAUUGUUCUGCCAAUUGCCACUGCUUUUCAUCCCAUACAUUGACAAGUUCCACUCCAUCAUGUUGUUCUGGCUAAAGCCAUCGCGUCAAAUCCGCCCUCCUAUCUACUCUCUAAAGCAGAGUCGUUUGCGUAAGCGGAUGGUGAGAAAGUACUGCUCUUUGUACUUUUUGAUUCUAGUUGUCUUCGCGGGCUGCAUCAUUGGUCCUGCCGUGGCUUCUAGUCAAAUCAAGUCCAACCUAAGUGACAGUCUCAACCGUCAAAUAAACGGCGGAGACGGCGAAUCCUCUAACAGCAUGCUGCAAAACCUCGUGCAACCUAAGAACUCAGGCCACGACGACUCGGGAUCCAGUCUACAAAGCGGAAACCACUACUACUACACUAUUCCAUCCUCGUUGAGAACAACGUCUUACUCUACCAAGCCUUGA